AUGUCGUUUGAUUCCACUCCUCGAGUUCUUUCCAUCCAAAGCCAUGUAGUUCACGGCUACGUUGGUAAUAAAAGCGCUGUUUUUCCACUCCAGGUUUUGGGAUUUGAGGUGGAUUUCAUAAACACAGUACAAUUCUCAACCCACACUGGAUAUAAGCAUAUCAAAGGAAAUGUUCUUCAAAAUGAAGAAAUGGAUGCCCUUAUUGAAGGCUUAACAAUAAAUGAAGUUGACUACUACACACACUUUUUGACUGGUUACUCAAGAUCACCAGACUCAUUGAAAAAAAUUGCAGAAAUUAUAAAGAAGUUAAGGCAAAAGAAUCCGAACCUUGUAUAUGUAUGCGAUCCGGUAAUGGGUGACAACGGUAAAAUGUACGUUCCUGAGGACAUUUUACCUGUGUACCGAGAUAUCGUGGUGCCCCUAGCAGAUAUACUCACACCAAACCAAUUCGAGGCAGAGUUAAUAACAGGAAUUCAAGUAAAGGAUAUUGACGGUGCAUUCAAGGCUAUACUAGCUCUUCACGACAAGGGUGUGAAAACUGUGGUGUUGUCAAGUACUGAUUUAGGAGAUGAGAGGAGUAUGAUCGGGUUGGCGAGUAGUGGAGGUUUAUGUUACAAAAUUCAAAUACCAAAGCUCGAUGCGACGUUCACCGGUACGGGUGAUUUAUUCGCAGCACUCUUCUUGGCGUGGUCUCACAAAACCAACAAUGACUUAAAAUUGACUUUGGAGAAAACUAUUUCAACUUUACAACAUAUAGUCCAGGAUACAUAUCAGAGAGCCAGGGAUAUUCAACAAACUGAGAAGAUUCCAUGCGCACUUAUAGAAUUAAGAUUGGUACAGAACAAAGCUGCUAUCGAAGAUCCACAGGUGAAUAUUUCAGCGGUACAAGUAACUAAACUAUCAUAA